AUGAGUGUCUCGAGCUUUAGGUCCAAGGAUCUGACUCGUGCUACCGCUCUCGUAUACUCUUCCUAUGGUCGACCAACGGAAGUUUUAAAGGUCCUAUGCCAUACAUUAGAGCCUCCAUCUCAUGACUCUGUUCAGGUCCAAUUUCUCGCUUCACCAAUCAAUCCGGCCGAUAUCAAUCAGAUCGAGGGGGUAUAUCCACUUAAACCACCUAUGACAACUCAACUCCACUCUUCAUCUUCAUCCUUUGUAUCGUCGCCUCCUGCCUCAACCCCCGCUGCCUACUCGAGCAAUAGCAAUAGUGGCAGUAGUAGUAAUAGUAGUGACUGGCCCCCUGUAGCAGUUGGUGGCAAUGAAGGAGUCGCUAAAGUUAUAAAGGUAGGCUCUAAAGUUGGACACCUCAAGGUCGGCGACUGGGUCGUUAUGGGAUCUGCAGGACAGGGAACCUGGCGCUCACACGGUAAUUUCAAAGCCAAGGACUUGACAAAGGUCCGAUCGGUAGAGAAGAUGAAUGAGGGCGCAGAUUCGUUUGCAUUGGAUGUUGUACAACUAGCGACGUUGACAGUCAAUCCAUGCACCGCGUAUCGUAUGCUCAGAGAUUUCAAAAAGUUGUCGCCAGGUGAUUUUAUUAUCCAAAAUGGCGCCAACUCCGGUGUAGGCGAGGCCGUCAUUCAGUUAGCCAAGCCACUUGGUGUCAAGACCAUUAACAUUAUUAGGCACAGACCAGGACAUGAGGAAGUCACAGAGCGUUUGAAACAGUUGGGCGCCACUCACAUAUUGACGGAUGACCAACUCGGAAAACUUGAAACCAAGGAGCUCGUAAAGUCAUGGAUACAAAACAGUGAGGUUAAGCUCGGUUUCAACUGUGUUGGAGGAAAGCCUACUACAGAGAUGGCUCGGCUACUCAGUAAAAAUGGACACCUGGUUACCUAUGGAGCUAUGUCUCGUCAGCCACUGAUACUACCUGCUAGUUUGCAAAUCUUUAAGAAUGUGCAUGCAUCUGGAUUCUGGCUCACUGCAUGGAAUGAUGAACACUCUUCACAAGAACGCCAAGAUAUGAUUAAUGACGUGCUUGACUUUAUGAAGCAAGGUCAGUUUGCUGAAAUCAAUUGCACAAGAAAUCGAUGGUCUGUUACAGAGUCGGAUACCUCAGUCUUGGAAGAAAAGCUAUUACAAGUGGUACAGAAGGCAACGUCUUCAGGACAUGGCAAGCAGGUGUUUGUAAUGGAGUAG